AUGUCGGGCGAGGCGCUGGCGACCCGGCCCUGUCGCCGGGCGCUCCGGCUGAUCGCGCGGCUCGCCCCUCCCCGCGCGGCUCUCCCGCGCUCACUCCAGGGUCGACGUCAGGGCCGGAGUCGCUCCUGGGAUCCCGCGGCCACCCCCGCCCACAGACGCCCGCCCGGCCCGACCUACUCACCGCGGCUCCGCGGGACCCGCCCGGGGCCGCGGCUGCCCCCGCUCCCGGCGCGCAGGACGCCCUCCCCGCCGACCCCUAGGGCGCGCUCGGCCUCUCCCGCGAGCCGGGCACCCAGGCCCGGCCCCGCCAGCCCCAGGAGCGGCCCCUUCCGGAGGGCGGCCUCCCGGCCGAGUGCGCGGUCCUCGGCCGCCCCGCACGCCUUCCCCAGCUCGCGCUGCGCGGACUCGACUCGGCGUCUUCGGGCGCCGCGGAGAAAUGCCUGCCCCAGAAAGGGAGGGGAAAAACCUAAGGUGUAUCAAGGUGUCCGGGUGAAGAUCACAGUGAAGGAGCUGCUGCAGCAGAGAAGGGCACACCAGGCAGCAUCGGGGGGAACCCUGUCCGGAGGCAACAGUGUCCACCUUUCAGACCCAGUCCCACCAUCUUCUGCAGGACAGUAUUUUGAGCCUGAACCAAUUCCUUCCACACCCAAUUAUUUCCAACCCCGAGAAUUUUCCAGUUGUGUUUCUUGUGAAGAAAAUCCAGGUUUCCUCGACCAGAUAUUUGAUUCCUACCUUCAGACAGAGACACACCCGGACCCUUCGCCCAAUUCCAUGCAAAGUACUCCACACUAUUUCCCAGACAGCUUCCAGGCUGCCCCUUUCUGCUUUAACCAGAGCCUGACCCCAGGAUGGCCUUCGGAUUCCUCCACUCUCUCUGGUUCCUUAGACUACAGCUACUCUCCUGCUCAGCUACCUUCAUCUACUCCGGAGAAUUACAACUCUCCCCCUUCUCUGGACACCAGAAACUGUGGCUACCCCUCGGAAGACUACUCCUACCCUCACCUGCCCUCACACACCCAGUACAACUGCUUCUCCUCUGCCACCGCCUCUGUCUGCUGCUGUGCGUCCUGCGAGGCAGAACACUUGGACACCUUCAGAGCUUCAGAGUGUUUUUCUUACCCCAGCACAGACUAUGUGAACUUCACUCCCUCAGCAGCAGCAAGCAGUGAUUUCUGUAGGAGGGAAACAAACUGGGACAUCUGCUAUAGUUAAUAGAAAUUACAUUCGUUUGGAACAUGGCAUGCCUACAUCUAUUUUUUUACCACCUCUAGAUGACAACUCAAAAUAUGCAACCUGCUAACAAAAUAUCACAGGCGCAGUUUACAUGUCACCAUUUUCGAUUUUCUGACACUAAUUUAGGCAUUAAUAUGAAAUUCAGACCCAGUCAUACUGCCAUUCCUACUUUGUAUGCUUACAGUUAAAAUUGUUGUCGGGAAUAU